GAUUAUUGCUAAUGUAAUCCUUGUAAAUACUAAAUUCUCGUUUGUUGUUGUUUACAAGUAUCUUACACUUAUUUUUUUCUUCAAUAAUUCUCAGCUGAAUCAUAAAAUAACAAAAAUGUCUUCUUCGCUUAACUUGGAGCACUAUCUGGACAGUUUAAAGAAUCUUCCUGUUGAGUUACAACGAAACUUCACUCUGAAGCGAGAUCUUGACUCCAGAGUACAAGAACUGAUGCGUACCAUUGACAAACUGUCAGACGAUUAUAUCUCAAAUGUCAAGGAAUACACAGCAGAUAAAAAACGCGAAAUAUUGACCAUCAUACGAGGUCUGUUUGACAUAGCGAAAGGAUAUGCUGAAGAUAAAGUUCAAUUGUCUAUACAAUCUUAUGAAUUGGUAGAUAAACAUGUUAGAAAAUUUGAUUCAGGUUUAGCACGCUUUGGAGAUGAAAUUCAAGACAAAGCCAUUAGUGCUACAAGAAAUAUAGAAGAAAAUUCACAAAAACGUAGGUGUUCUGCAUUAUGUCAUAUUAUAAUUCCAAUGUAUUUAGCUAUUUCUUUAUGUGUAUUGCUUCCAGAAGGACAUGAAAAGAUUAAUGACAACCCUACAAAUAGUGUAACCAGCGUUACAGUAGAAACUAGUUCCCUUACUGGUGCAUUAGUUGGUGCCGGAAUUGCACACUCGGCUGAAGUAUUAGAUAUGCCUGUCGAUCCAAAUGAACCGACGUAUUGUUUAUGCAAACAAGUACCUUAUGGUGAAAUGAUUGGCUGUGAUAAUCCAGAUUGUCCUCUAUUGAAUGGUUCCACUUUGCAUGUGUCAAAUUAACUACCAAGCCUAAAGGAAAAUGGUUCUGUCUUAAAUGUAUAACAGACAAGAAGAAAAAAUAACACAUAUUAAAAAUUAUAUAAGUUAUUUUAUUUUAUUUAUACAUACAUAUAAUGUAUAAUGUUAUGUUAAUUUUCUUACGGCAUAAGAACAAAUGAUUGUAAUUUGAAAUAUUGUCAUGAAUUGAAAACAUAUUAAGAAUAAAAUUUAAUUUCAAUAUAAAA